AUGUCAGAUGUCACCAAGACCGUCCAGAAAUGGCACGCGAGUUUUAAAAAAGGCACGGACUUUGACUCUUGGGGACAAUUAGUGGAAGCAAUUGAUGAGUAUCAGAUACUUGCAAGGCAACUACAGAAAGAAGCCCAGUCUUCAAAUUCCUGUGAUUUCACUGAGGACCAAAAGAAAACUUUAGGAAAGUGUGCAACAUGCCUUGAAAUGAGAAGCGCUGCCUUACAGUGCACACAAUCCCAAGAAGAUUUCAAGUUGGAGGACCUGAAGAAACUGGAACCUAUCAUCAAGAAUAUCCUCACGUACAACAAAGAUUUCCCGUUUGAUGUGCAGCCAGUGCCUUUAAGGAAAAUCCUUGCCCCAGGGGAAGAGGAGAAUCUGGAAGUAGAAGAGGAAGAGGAUGCUGCCACAGGAGCUGGUUCACCAGAAUCCUUCCCCUCCAGAGUGCCAGGUACUUUGUUGCCACGACUACCCUCUGAACCUGGAAUGACUCUACUCACACUUAAGAUUGAGAAGAUUGGUCUUAAAGACGCAGGGCAAUGCAUUGACCCUUACAUAACAGUUAGUGUAAAAGACCUGAAUGGCGUUGAUUUGAACCCUGUUCAGGACACUCCAGUUGCUACACGCAAGGAGGACACAUAUAUUCAUUUCAGUGUGGACGUGGAGAUCCAGAAACAUCUUGAAAAAUUACCAAAAGGGGCAGCUAUUUUCUUUGAAUUUAAACACUACAAACCCAAGAAAAGGUUCACCAGCACUAAGUGCUUUGCAUUCAUGGAAAUGGAUGAGAUCAAACCAGGUCCCAUUGUAAUUGAGCUGUACAAGAAGCCAACUGACUUCAAGAGGAAGAAGCUUCAUCUCCUGACCAAGAAACCACUCUAUCUUCAUCUUCAUCAGACUUUACACAAAGACUAAGGCCUGACGUGGGCACAGGCAUGUGAGACAACAUCCAGACACUAACACAACCCACCACACACAAUUUACCAGUUGAAAUGCACACAAGAUAUCUGCUGAAGUUUUGGUGGAACACAUCUACAUUCUUAGCAAUACAGACUACGACAUGAUUCUCAUGUCACGGGUGUUUCUCACCUGAAGAGGGAUGAGGGUAUGACAAGAUCCCUUGGAACUUAACAGUAUGUGGCCUAUUGAAAUUCUUUGCAGCAUGACAUUUUCUGAAGACAGAUUAGUCUCCUCCAGAAGUUCUGACAACCCACCACACCUCUGGUCUUCCUCAGUCUCUUCAUGUGAACCGAAGAAGAGGCCUUGGUAGACACUGAAUUGUCAGUUGUGGGAGGUGCUCAUGUAGCUAUGUUCUCAUCAAUAAGUGCCAGUGGUCUACUUUUCUGCUAAAACCACUGAGGAGAUUGAUGCCUGUAUUCAGCUUGCUGUUCCCUUGCUUCAGUUUUGAGUUCCAAUAUCACAUAUGUAUUCAAAGUACUUGAAUGGAAUUAACUGUUUUAACUUUUUAUAAGUACCAUAUGCCCAAAGAAGUGAGCAAGACGUGUCAGAGGGUCUAGCACAGUAAAGUGAAGGAGUCAGUGAUGAGAUGGAGAAAUAUUGUGAGGUAACCAAAGGAACUGGCAGGUUAGUUAGCUGGCUAAUGAAAAGAUGAGAAGUUUUGGCACAUGUGUUACUUCCUCAUGGUCUUUGGCCUCCACUGUUUUUUUUUCUUCUUUUUUUAUUGUUACCUUUGCAUUUGGCAGUCCCUCACACAAUAAUGAUAAAGUGUCACGCAUGUAAAGACUGGCUUCCCAUAUUUAUUGGCCAGUCACCUGAAGUUCAGUCACAGUUUCUUUAAAUCUCACAAGAAGACAAUGUUGAGAAGAAUAAUUUUCCAUUGAAGUCAUCAGUUCGUGAACAAAUAUAUUUGUCAGUUUUGAGUGGAAAUUGUAGUGCCAUUCAUGAAUUUGAAACUGGAAUCAUAGCCAGUAGCCCAGUCCCGAAUGAAACCCAAGCAAACACACACUAACCGCUAUGAAUAACAAUCACCAAGUUUUGACAAGUGCUUAAACAUCUUCAGUCAAUACCUUGCAUAUGUUGUUCAUAAACCUGCGAAAGUGAGAAAUCAGUGGUGGUGCUAACAUUGCUAGCUGCACAAUAACAUGCUGACCAUGUAAGUGUAACAAAUAAACAGUUACAAGUGAACUAAUAUCACGUGAUCUUAUAUUGUAUGUACAUGUUUAAGUAAAGCCAGUGAAGCAAAACCCACUGAGUCUUUAAUAAAACCCAGAGGUAAUGUGA